UCAUGACAGGUCAGACGAUUCGCACCGUAAUCACCCGUUUAAACUAACCACCCGCAACCCCGAAAAUGUCCGACGGUCAAUAAGGACCAGCCGGAACGAUCGAAUUAAAUCGAAUUGUGCGAAGUGGUGGCCGCGUCAGACGAGGGACCGCGGACCUGGGUCCGGUGUGCGCGUAGGCUGGGCAAUGACAUUGUGUCGGGCGGCAAUAUUUUCGUGCGAACGGUACGUGAAUGUGGAGUGCGAUCGCGAGGAUCUUCGCGAAGAACACUAGCGAGAACGCAGGUGGCGGCGGCGAGGCGGCCGCCCAUCAAAUGGACCGCACCGAAAUGGACGAGACGGCCAACUCGAAACUGUCGAAGCAGCGGGCGUCCAUGAAAUGGCUCCUGUCGAAGGCGUUCAACAACAAAGUUCCUGAUAAUCUAAAAGAGCCUUUCUAUCGAGACCAUGAAAACCAAGAACACCUUAAGCCGGCAAUCGUGGGUGCUCUGGCGAACGCGGAGAUCUACUGCUUAGCGUUGGGCAACAUCUACUCGGACCCGAAUUAUCACAACUUGAAUCACGGUUCGAUACUGCAAACGUUGGCCAGGAAGGGCGUCUACUCGACCACCGGUGCCCAGCUCACCGAGACCACGCUCAUCCAAACCAACCCCCUCCGAAUGAGCGCUCACAUGACGGUCAUCGAGAUGAUCAUGCAGCUGUACGCGAAGGAAGUGAUAACGCCGGACCGGGUCGUGGCGGCCGUCCAACGUUUCAGCCACGGCCGUCAGCCGCCGCCCGUCGUGCCCGAGAACCAGGAACAGGGGCUGCUCGUUUGGGUGUCGCACGCCCUCGACGCGCUGAAGAAACGAAUCGAACAGGAGGAGUCCGAGCACGGCGACGGCGAGCGACAGAGGGCGCCGGACUUUCCGCCGGUGAAGACGCUGAAAGAUCUGUGCGAUGGUAUAGGUUUGGGAGCCCUGAUAGCCUACUAUUGUCCGGACGAGCUUCCCUGGACCGAUCUGAAGGUGUCGUAUCAGAGCUCCGUCCAGCAGAGCUUCUACAAUCUGGGUCUCGUGCAGGACUUCUGCGAACGGUGUCUGCCCGCGUGCAUACUGCAUUUAAUGCCCGAGGACAUCGCCUAUCUCACCGACUCAAUGCGACAAAACCUUGUCGUGUUUAUGGCCGACCUGUUCAACGUGAUGGAGAUUCAUCCCGCCAAAUGCGUCCGUUAUCCGGGGAUGGAUAAGUUCUCUAACGAGGGUUACCCUCCGAGUAACGAGCACGGGGUCGUGCACAAGCGCAACCUGGUGCAGGCCGUGGUCACCCCGAUACCGGACCUGCGCAGCGGCCUAGACGACGCCGCCGCCGCAUUCCAAGUGUCUCGUUCGACGCCGACCCACCAUCCCGUCCGCAAAACCAACUCGCUGCAGCACAGCGUCAGCGAACUGAGCGAAGACAGUCUGCGACGCGGCUCCGAGGACUCCUUCGUGGUGCAUCGCGGCAAGAACAUACCGACUCUGCGUUCCGUCGUGCAGGAUGAACCCCUGGUGCCGGCCAGGCUUAAGGUGAACAAAGAACGACAGAACCAGGACAGUAAGGCCGACGAACGGGGUGAAAUAGCGGCCGGCAGGCCGAGCAAUUGGGAGGAGAACAGGAAGAGCAGCUUCGCGGGCAGGAGGAGCAGGAGGAACUCCACGUCAGAUGAUUCGCAGCUCACGAUCGAGAAUUUUGGCGGCAGUCAAGAUAAUUUGAAUUUUAUCGGGAGGAAUCCCGAUAAGGAGUUUGCUGUGCACGUUGGUAGAAAAAUCUCAGCGCCGUCGUUCCCGGUGGCCGUGGACAAUCCGGCGGUCCGAUCCUCACUGCAGGACGCCCGCGGCUCAAUCCAGUUGGGCUACGACGACAGCAACGGCUGCGAGAAGCAGGACAACGGCACCGAAAAAAUCACCAGGCUAAAAAGACAACUGAGCAGCGACGAUAUCUCAUUGAAAACGUUGGCCGGCGGCGCCAACAAAGAGAACAUCAUGCGGGACCUUGUGGACGGCGAGGUGAACAAUCGGAUGAGCUUUGCCGACCUGAGCAAACAAAAAAUGUUGGGCGAGAAUCGAGGAAUUCAAUUGGUCUACAUGAACGACAAGGAGGACGUGCCGGCCAAGUCGAGCUUCCUCAAUAAGCUUGGCAACACCAACGGCAACACGGAGAAGAAGACGAGCUUCGCGGCGUUGCCCAACAACACGACGACGUGGCAACAGCAGAGCACCCACAGUCAACAGCACGAGGGUCAGGCGGAGGAGAACGGAAGUGGUGGAGGCAACGCCAUGAACUCGACGCAGCUGAACGACAUUCGGAUGAAGUUGGAGGAGAAACGCAGGCACAUCGAGGGCGAGAAGAGGCGCAUGGAGCUCGCUAUGAGUAAACAGCGUGAGAAGGUCGGCAAGGCGGCGUUCUUGCAAGCUGUUGCGAAGGGAAGGGGUAGUUUAUUAAAGUCGGCGUCUGAGGCCGAUGUAUUAUCAUCGAAGGGCUCGAAAGUACGUAGCCCGUCCUCUGAACUGGUGCCCAUUAAAGCCCAGAGGCCGCUUGCCUUGCAGGAGGGUUUAGACGACAUAUCAGCGAUAGAGAGGAAAUGGUUGGACGAAAGUAAACCCUACAUGGAAACGCGACGCACUCCCGACCUGGAGAACAUGGAUAUGGAACUCUAUCAACAGUCAUUAGCUCAAAUGAAUUCUAGUCUACACGAAAUCAACACGGAUAUGCAGCGGUUGGCGACGCAGCACAACCAGAUGCACAUGGCGCAGCAACAGCAGAACAUGCUGGCGCAACAGCAACGCCAGUUCCAGGCACUCCAACAGCAACACUAUCAUCAAUACAAUCAGCCACAGUACCCGCCCCAAAUGUAUCAACAACAAGCGUAUGCUCCGCCUCUUCAGUCAUCGGCCAGUGCACCCCACAUCCCUCAGACGCACUACCAACAGCCACAAUCGAGGCAAGACUCGCCUCAGCAGCAAUUCUUCCUGCACGGUCAACAGAUGCCGGCGUCGCCGCCGGUCGCGCCUCAAAGACGGACGUGGGCGCAACAACCGCAACCGCCACCCGUCGACCCCUAUCAUCACCAGCAGCCUGAACCACAACCACCUCUAAGAACGACGACUUGGAGCAAGCCGCAAAGUUCAGGCGGCGGUGGAUUCAUGCUGCAUGACAACGUUGACAGGUAUGACAACGUGAGAUACGCGGAACAGCACCAGCAGCCGCAGCCGCAGCAACGUUUCGAUAAUUCUCGGAUCGGGGGCGGUGACUCUUACAACGAUAACAAGUAUCAGAACGGCUCCGACGACCAUCACAGCCACCACCAUCACCCGCAGCAAUCGCAGCACAUGCUGCACCACUCCAAUAGUUUCACCUUAAGUCAACAACAUUUGCAGCAUCAAGCAGGCGGAGCCAGUCCCAUGUACGCUGGGGGUACGUCGCACAGUACUCCAUCAGCUUCGCCACAGCAUCGAAACAUCCAUCGUCAAAUCUCCCAACUGCUGGAUGACGGUAAACGAGCUCCGGUGAGUUUGCAACAGAUCGACGGGGGAAGAACCGAACGCCACGAACGCCACGAACGUGAACCAGUGGCGCAACAGCGCAAAUCGAACGUCAUCCACGCCCCCAUUCCGGCUCCUUCAGUCGAUGACAUGGAGCCGCAGAACAUAUCGUUCAUAGGUAACAACGGCGGCGGCGACGAAAGACUGCGCGAGGGCAUCAGCCGCCUGAACAUAACGAGCGGCAGUCGCACGUACCGGAUACCGUCGCCCACGCGACCGCUCAUAUCUCGCAACGUGUUCCAACCAUCGCCGCCGCCCGCCAACGCAUCCACGGCCGAAGCGGAUGACGAGACGAACGCUCCGGUUGAAAUCAGCAGCCUGGAUACGGACCCGACCAAUCAGAAGGGUUUCUACAUCAGUUUCGACAACGACCAGCCGAAACGGCCGAAGCCGCCGUUGCGCAUGAAACGCGGCAGCCCGAAGAAGGAGCGCAGCUACGUCGAAACGCCGGAAGAAGCGCAGGAGCGACGCGACGGGCAGGAACGGCUCGAUAAAAAGCGGCAGCACGAACGGGAGAUGGAAGAGGAGCGGUUACGUAAGGAGGAGGACGAAAAGAGGAAGCAGGAAUUGAUAGAGCGUGAGCGAGAAAAGAUGCGACAGAGGCGCGAGGCCAGUCAGGAACGUCAGAAGGUUUCUUCGGCGUCCACCAUUAUUAUUGGGAACGACCUCAGCGAUCCGGAUCCGGACAAAAUGGACGCAAGAGAGAGGAAAAAAGAGAGAAUUCUGAUGCUGUCGAUGCAACGUAAACAACAACAGGAAGAACAACGUCUCCGUAACGAACAAGAGGCUCAGUUAAGGCGGGAGCGAGAAAAAGAAAAAGAGGAGGAGAAGGCUAGGAAAAAGGAAGAGCAGGCGGCACGAAGAGCGGCAAUAUUAGAACAACACAAGUUGAAGAAAGCAAUAGAAGAGGCUGAACGAGAGGGCAAAACGUUGGAUAAGUCAGAGUUGAUGUCGUCGCUGAAGCCGACGCCAAGGAUGCGACCGAAGGCCAAUACAAGACCGAGGCCGAAGACGAUUCACAUCGAUGGCAACGCUGUUCAGAUCGCCGAAAGUCUUUCCAGCAAAGGGAAGAAGGGUUCCACAUCGAAUCUCACAGCUCCUAACUCUUACACACCGCAUGGUACCAUGAGACGCGACUAUUUCAAACACUCACAAGACAGUUUAGCAGAUAGAAGCAUGAGUUUAUACAAAGAUUCCCCAGACGACAGCAGGGGUAUGUCGCCUUGUCACAGCGCCAACCAAACCCUGGCCAGGCGCAGCUCCUACAAAACGAGCAGGGACCCUUCUCCGGCGCAGGCUCGGGGCCGCCCUAAGUAUUCCACUUAUCAAAACUUUAAAGGGCGCAAGUCUAGCUCGUUGAUGAAUCUGUACGGUUCGAGCACCGACCAGGACAGUUUCGCGUACCGCUACGGCGACACGGAUUCGGGUCUUGGUAGGGCGACGCCUCCCCGUCGUGCCCCUUCACCCGGAAUGGGCAGCAUGCGCCAUCUCCCUUCGCCUUCUGGACCCGGAAGCCUGCCCGGCCUGAUGUCGCGGGGCGGCAGACGUGGUUUCGACGACGGCUCCAGCGACAUCUCGUCGACGCCCAGCAGCAUGAUGGAUUACACAGGACCUCGAUUGUAUAAACAACCCGCGGCGAAAUCGAACCGCAGCAUAAUGCUGAAUGCGGUUGAAUAUUGCGUUUUCCCCGGUGUUGUGAACAAGGAGGCGAAGCGGCGCGUCCUUGAAGAAAUCAACAGGUCCGAGAGUAAACAUUUUUUGAUACUGUUCCGGGAUGCCGGCUGCCAAUUCCGAGCUCUCUACUCAUACUGCCCCGACCAGGAUGAAGUUACCAAGCUGUACGGUACUGGUCCCAAACAAGUUAACGAUAAAAUGUUCGAUAAGUUUUUCAAAUAUAACUCUGGUGGAAAGUGUUUCUCACAAGUCCACACCAAACAUCUAACCGUAACAAUAGACGCAUUUACCAUACACAAUUCACUGUGGCAGGGGAAAAAAGUAAAUCUCCCGAAUAAAAAGGAUAUGGCGCUUGUGAUUUAGUAAACAAUUAUGUUGUUAACGUUUAUUAGUCAAACUAUCUAAUGGUAUUUUUAAUUAAUGCUUUAUUAUACGUAAUCCGUUGAUUGAGUAAUGAUUUUCAUUUAUUAUCGUGAACGCGCUUUUUCGAAACGCCAAUACCAGGAAAUCGAUAUUUUUUUUUUUACCAAGACAUUUAUAAUAAUAUAAUCGGUAUAAUUUUUCCUUUCCAUAUUAUGUGCCUUUUUGUAUGUAUAUUAGUUUUUUUGUCAUUUUUUUAUUAUUUCCUGUUGUUACGAUUGAAUAACAGUUUAUUUGUGCCAAGAAAACACAAGUUUUUGCAAAGAGUUAUGUACUUGCUUAACUGAUUUUAAGUACAUAAAUUGUCCAUGAAAAAAACAAUAAAAAUUCUUAUUAGUGUCAUUCCAAUUGUAUUUAUAUAGAUUAGAACAUGCAGGGCUGUUUUAAGGUAAAACUGUUGUUUGAUAUCAGCUUUUAAUCUUUUUUCUGUGCUUAAAUAAAUUAAACUGUACCUAUUUUUAAAUAUUGUAUAUAUUGAAAGCUGUUAUUGACGAUUUACCAAUUUUAUAAGUCACUUGAAAGAAAUUUUGCUUAAUUAAAUAUUUAUAAACUAAACCUAUUUGUUUAUAUGGUGCACUAGCCGUGAAAGCUGCUUACUCUUCUUAUUUCUCAAUAAUUGUGUUAUGAAAGAGGUUUUCCAAACUCAACGUCGAUCACAGGUAUUCUCAAAAACGAUGAUUAUUUCCCAUUCAUCUAUGUAAUAUUUAUUUAAUACAGCAUUACACUAAUCGUUUCUCUGUAAAUAUUAUGUUUUUAUAAUAUAUAAAUAUUUAUUAAUUAUGCACAUGUGAGUUAAUUACUCAAAUGUCAACAAUAAAAAUUAAUAACCCAA